CGCUGUUUUCAUUCCUCUCCGCUGGAAUGCCAGCAAACGGGCUGCUGCUGGAGUUUAGCUUAGCCAUGGAGCUUUAGCCAGAGCCGCACAUUCACCCCAAACUCAGAAAAGAGCCGGAUUUCAAACUGGAGACGCCACCACCCCGACUGAGAGGCACAAAUGAUCUCAUAGACAAUAUCAGAUCAAGAGUGUUUCCUGUGUGGAGAGGGUCUGGCGGGGGCCCAGGUUGGGGCUGGCCUCGCUAUAUAGGAUGGGAGGCCGGGGAAGGGGAGGCUGAGCCGUGGGGCUUUGACUGCCCCGUCUGGUGCGUGCUGUGCAGUGGAGGGAGGGAGCGACUGAAGCAGGCCUGCCAGAGAGGGAGAGGGGCGCUCCGGCUGCCCGCAAACAUGCUGCGAAUCAAACUACCCCGCCUCUUCGACAACCACCAGGUGCCUAAGGUAUUUCGGGAAGAUAGCAUCAUAUCUGGCUACCGGCACCCUCAAAGCUCCGCCCUGGACUGCAUCCUCAGCAGCUUUCAGAUGACCAAUGAAACAGUCAAUAUCUGGACCCACUUCCUGCCAACCUGGUACUUCCUGUGGUGUUUCUGCGUGCUGUGUUCAACAGAGAACUUCCUGACCGAGAGCUACACGUGGCCACUGCUAGUCUACAUGCUACUGAUCUGCCUGUACCCGUUCACCUCCAGCUGUGCACACACCUUCAGCACCAUGUCCUCAGAGGCCCGCCACAUCUGCUACUUCUUCGACUACGGAGCCCUCAGCCUUUACAGCCUGGGUUGUGCUAUCACAUACGGUUCCUACGUGAUGCCUGAAUGUUGGGUCAACAGUUGGCUCCACCAGCAUUUUGUGCCCAUCGCCAUUGCUAACACGAUCUUCUGCACCAGCAUGUCCUGCUACUCCAGGUUUCUAGAACUGCAGUUUCCACACAGGAGUAAAAUCGUGCGGACAAGCGCCUUUGUUGUACCGUUUAUCUUUGAUAACAUCCCCCUUUUCUACAGACUGCUGCUGUGUUUCAGCGGGAGUUGUAAUCACACUGAAGCUGUGAGCAGUCACUGUUACCACCUGCUUUUUGCCUUCCUGACGGGUUUCCUGUUCGCUUCCCACCUUCCCGAAAGACUGGCUCCGGGACGCUUUGACUACAUCGGCCACAGCCACCAGCUGUUCCACAUCUGCGCAGUAGUGGGCACCCACUUCCAGAUGGAGGCAGUGCUGGCCGAUAUGAGCUCGCGCCGGAGCUGGCUGAUGGCCCACUCGGCCGGGCCCUCCUUCCUGGGCACUCUGGGCGCUCUCGCCUUGGCUUUCCUGCUCAACCUGGGUGUCAUCGGCCUCUUCAGCGCUUGUCUGCUGCGCACGCCCAACCUCAGCACUUCAGGCUUCACCUCCACACCCACACUGCAGGCCCCAGCCACGGCCAAGGAUGAGUGAGGACGCAGCGUGGAGGUGCCUGCAUCAUCGCACAACCUGUCAGAGUUUAAAUAUGGUUCAGUGAACCAUUUGCAAACAACUUAGCACUUACCAUCCAGUCUACUUCACCUAGAGAUGAGUAUCUGGAUACCUGUCACUUCUUUUUUCUUUCUUUUUUCUUUUUUAACCUAAACUGUACGCAUACUGUAUGUAACGUAUAACGUUUUUUGCAUUUCGUCGCUGUAAUAUCAAAACUCUAUUUCAUGAUGAUUGGACCAACAGAAAUGGUUCAAACGUACUUGGAAUAAAAUCUCGUUACAUUAACGUCCGUGAAAGUUAAAGGGGAAUUCCACUGAUUUUUCACAGUGACUGUUUCAUGUUUUUAUUUUUUAUUUUUUUUGAUGGUGGUGAUAGCUAUUUUAUUUACUGCAAGUCAGCCAACAGCCAUGUGCAAAAGUUUGAGCACCCCUUUCAACUGCUUUCAGCUUUAGUUGAUUUUCUAAGAGAGACUGACUCAACAUAACCUCUACAGAGAACACACUUCUGCUCAGUUUAAUACACAAUUACUCUUUAUUUGUGGAAUUGAAUAUAUUGGGGGGAGAAAAUAAAACAUAAAAUGUGGCCUUUGCAAAACUUAAGGCGCAUUUUAUACUUCAGGUUUUAUUGUUUUUCCAAUAAAUAGAAAUCUGAGCAUUAACAUUCGCAGAAGAAAGUGUGUUGUCUGUAGAGGAUGUGAACUUAUUUCCACGCAAAUAAAAAAAACAGUAGUUCAUGUAUUUUUAGCCGGGGCAUCAAACUUUUGCAUAUGGCUGUGCGUGUCCUGGGUUUGUAUGAUGGUAAUAACAGUAAAAUAGUGGUAAAUCUAUAAAAUACAUUUGCUCUGGGGACCAUUUUUUCUUUUAAACGCCCUACAUGUGCUUCUCCGCCAUGAAUGCUUUCGAAAAAAACAUAUUUCAGGCCAAACAAUAUCUCAAAACUAUCAUGAAACGGUGUCAGGCAGCGUAUUCAUAGCCAUUUCAUGUAAAAACUCACUGCGACGUAGACUUUAGCGGUAUUAAACUCUUUAGACGUCUGGUUCCUAUCACCACCAGAACGAGGCGCUUCACAUCAAAGCACUACAAUUUUAACCAUGUCAUUAUGCAGGACGUUUGCUGGAAACAGAUCAGUGCAAUUCUCCUUUAAGAACUUCCUUCUCCGUUUCCGUUUAAGGGGUAUGAAGUUUUGCUACAACAGCGCCGAUUUAUUUUGUGUUCUUUCGGCUGAAAACCCUGAUGGUUUUAAGACCUUUCUGUAGUUCUUUGUUCUGUGGUACUAAACUAAAACAGUCUGAUGUUCUUCUUUUACGACUUACGAAAGGUCCGGGGUUGAAUGAAGCGAAUAUUACUGAAUGUUAAGUAGCAUUUUAACAUAAGUGCCUUUUAGGGAUUUUUAUAUACAGAAUAUUAAGACUGUAUUUCACUACUCUAUGAAUGUGCUCUUCAUAACAAACUGGAAAACAGUCAGUGUAGCUUUGGUCAGGGAUUUCAUUCAUACAGCACUAAAGUUUCUCAGUGAAUGUUUGCAGUCGACUGUUACCAGAUUUCUUUAAGAUGACAUACUUGUGUAUAUUUAAUAGUUAGGAACAGAGAAAACAAUGUUAGCAUUAUGAGAUAAUCAGUACUGAUAGCACUAAUGGGUAAUACUGAUACACAGUAUUAAUACCAGCUAAUGCAACUGUGGUUACAUAGCAGUGCAUAUACAUCGAUGCAGAUUCACAUCAAAACAGAGCCUCAUUUGGACUGACUGGACCAAUGUUUUCUAUAGGUACCGUAACACUAAUGAAUUCACAAAUAUUUCCACUACGGAAUUCAUUUUUGGUAGAAAACAAUAGCAGAUGACGAGCUCGUCGUACUCCAGCCUGCCUGCAAAUGCGAGAUCUUCUUGUCGUUGUGUAUUUUCUGAGUAAACCCGAAGUGUCCUUGAUUUCUCUGUGCUGUGUAGGCACAUUUUUAUACACGCAUCAAUACGUGAGCAUGUCUGAGGAGCAGGCAGAGACACUACAAUGUUGUUGUUUUUGUUGUGUUUUUUUUCCUCUCUUUGCCGCUUUGACACAGCUCACAAUGAAAGGAAGGUUUCUUGCAUCCAGUGCACCACUGCGUUUGUGUUUCAACCCCAAAGACAUCCAAGGUUAUCCUCAUAACCUACUGAUUUAUUGCACACAACACACACUUUAUUUACCGUUUUGCUGGAUUUCUGCUCUUAUCAGCGAUCCAGCUUUCAGCAUCUAUUCAUCUCAGAUAUGCGCUUUGCAUUUGUACUUAAUUGUUUACUGUAUUCUGCAGUUACUUUGACAGCAGUGGGUGCACGACUGCAUGAUAAGAAAGAAGGAAUAUUGCAUCAUACAGAACGGUGCAAAAAUCAGAGGCCACCCUUCAUUUAUUCAAUUUCCAGUCUGGGUUUUUUUUUCAGAAAGUGUGUAUUUAUAGAAAAUGACUCCUUAACAAAUACGUAUAGUAUAUAUAUAUUCAUUUUUCAGUAUUUACUUUGUCCACUCUUUACCUUCCAUUCUUUUCAGGACUCUCUUUCAUUUUUUCAAAGAAAUCUGCAGGAAUAUUUUUCUAUACCUCCAAA